UCUUUAUUCUGAUGCUUUUUACAGUAUAUCACUAAAUUACGUAUUUUAUAUUUAAAAUCAUUAGUGCUGGGGUGUUUUAAUGGUUUUGUGAAAAUUACCCAUAUACACACACGCAUAUAUUUCUUUGUGUGUUUUAUAUGUCAAACAUCAACCACCAACGGCGGCGAUUCUUACAGUAUGUGUGGCAAUUCACUGACUUCAAAUUUUUUUUUUUUUUUUUACUAUUUUUACAUUUAUAAUAGAGAUAAAUUGGUUAGAUCAGCCAGUGACUAGAACUGGAUAGUUUAUUAGUUUGCUUGGCCAUAACCGGUGAUCGCCAAUCAGCCUUAGAUACAGUAUACAAUAAACGAUUUCGUACUGAGCACAGAAGCUUCUGAGUGGCACACACCCAUGUGCUUGCAGCCAUUCAACCUGUACGCUCAAUGUCAAGUUUUGAGUCUUUGGAGACAUUUGAGGAGGUAAAAUGUCACUGUAUCUUUAUAAUCCUACAGUUGGCGCACUAUGUGUGGUAGGAGUGAAUUAUUUGCUACGUUUAUUUAGAAAUUAUUAUAAUAGUGGAUGACAGAUGCACACUGCUCUGUUAAAUGUGCUUUUUUUUUUUUUUUUUUACUAAAUUCUAAGUUGAGUUGAUUAAAAUUGCGAUUCUGUAAGUAUCCCGAUUUUUAUAAAUGUCCAGAUUCUACUGUAUAUUAAAUUUUCACCCUAUCUUGUUACAGUUUUAAACCAUUUAAAAAUUGUAAUGAUUGAUUAAAUGUAGUUCCUGUUCCUCAUAACAUUAGUUUUCUCUCCACAAACCCAAGUGCAGCAUUUAAACAAUACAAAAUAACUUAUUUAUAAAUAAACUUAGCAAAUAAUUCACUCCUACCACGUGGGACAAAAAUGUGUACAUAGUUUAUCUGUAGGAUUAUAAAGAAAUUCUUGCCUCCUAUAACGCCAAUAAACUCAACAGUGAGCGUGUGGGUGAGCUGAGGCUGUUUGGCCAAUAACUGGUCAUGGCCAAUCAAACUGAAAACCGGCCUAUUCUGGUUACUGUUCAGUCCAUCUUUAUUAUAACGGUAAAAAAAAAAACUAUUUAAAAAAUAAAUUUUGGAGUUAGUAUGAGGUAACCCUAAGCAUGGUAACUUUUGUAGCAUGGUAACAUCUGGACCCAUCAUUUAGAGUGCAUCAGUAUCUAAAAUAAUUUCAGAGCAGUCUUUGCCCACUGUCCUUUACAUCGCUGCUUCAGGUCAUUCGUGCUUUUGAGAAUUUGUUUAUUCACAGUUCACCAAAACUCCCUCCACAGAAUCUUAAUAGGGCUGAGGUGUGGAUUUGGUCCUGCUGUUGGCUUGGGAUCAUUGUCAUGUUAUGUGAUGUAACGUCAGCACAGCUUAUGCUGCUGGACACCUAGCCACGCCUUUGUCUCAAGAAUAUUUUGGUAUAAUAUUCUUUUUUUUUCUUUUCUUUUUUUUCAAGGAAAGGUCAUUACAAAACGAGCCCAAAUCCUCUCUGUCACCACCAUGCUUUAUAUAGUUUCAUCAGUCCAAAAGAUUUUUUUACAGGGCUUUUAUGAUCUGUUCAAUGGCAAUUUUGCAGUCUUAAGAUUCAUAUUGUUUUUGGAGAUAAGGGGCUUUUUUUAUAUCCACACUUAUGUAAAAGGCAUAUAUGUUUAGUCAAUUUCUGAGUAAACUGUCAAGAAUAGACAUCCCUUUGAAAGCACAUAAAAAUUUAAGUUUAUGUUCAUGGUCACAUGAAGCAAGAUUGGCAGCUGUUUUAAAGGUUUUUCUUUAGUAGCCACUCCUUUUCAGUGUACCAUGAUGAAUAAGAUGGUCUUAUAACCCAGAUGGUGGAAGUUCACCAAAUAUAUUUACUUUCACAUACUGUUUACUGUAUGUAUUUUACUUGAGUAGUUUCAUUAGUGGAUACCUUUAACUUUACCUACCUUUAACUAAAUCUUGCAACAAAUAUUUUGACCUACAUUUUUGCAUGGUGUUGCUUCACAGAGAUGCAUGGUAUUUAAGGCUGUGAUCUUGCCGCCUGCUGACUAUUUUCUGUAAUUGCGUGAUUAGCCGUUUUACGGAGGGCAGCCAAAUCAUGUAGGGCAACAAGCCACAGUCACCCUCGUCGAUGAGUAUGUACUCUUCUGCGUUUAAUGAGCAACUGCUAAUAUCAUUACAAACGAUUGUGCAUUGGGAAGAUAUGUAUGCACAAGAUUCAAUUGAGCUACUUACUACGUCAGGUAUCCAGUUUAAGAAGCAUGAAGAAGAAGGCAUUGAGACACUGUAUUUUGCAGAGCUUCUCAUGACAUCAGGUGUGGUGCUCUGUGAAGGGGUCAAGUGGCUCUCGUUCCAUAGUGGCUACGACUUUGGAUACUUGAUCAAAAUCUUAUCUAACUCCAAGCUGCCGGAGGAAGAAGUUGACUUUUUUGAGAUUCUUCGUUUAUUUUUCCCCAUUAUCUAUGAUGUGAAAUACCUCAUGAAGAGCUGUAAAAACCUGAAGGGUGGCCUGCAGGAGGUAGCUGAGCAACUGGAACUGGAAAGGAUUGGGCCUCAGCAUCAGGCAGGCUCAGACUCUCUCCUCACUGGAAUGGCUUUCUUUAAGAUGAGAGAGAUGUUUUUUGAGGAUCAUAUUGAUGAUGCUAAGUACUGUGGUCAUUUGUACGGACUGGGCUCCGGCUCAUCAUAUGUCCAGAAUGGCACCGGCAACGCCUAUGAAGAGGAGGCCAACAAGCAGCAGUCAUGACAUAACAACAACAACCAGCUCAGUAUAAAGAACUUCACUUGCAGGGCUUAAAACAUGGGUUUUUUAGUUUUUCAUGAGAUGUUCAAUAGGAAUUUGCACUUUAAAGCUCGAAUGAGACUCUUGGUUUUAGAUGAAAAGCUAAAAAAAAAACUUCCUCCACUUUGUUGCCUUCUCUAUGUUAAUUUUCACAACACAUUCCUCUUUUAUCAUAAGAGACAAGAAAAAAAAUGGGUGUUUUAUUUUUCCCCUGCAAUGCUCAGCCUUAAGCUACAUUUUAUGUUUUUUUAUCAUUAAUUUAUUGCAUUUGUUCACAUGCUUUGUUGAGUAGCACACAUUGACUAUUCAACAACAACAAAAAACAGUAUGCCUACAUGUACAGUUGUUCCCUGAUCCAAGGAGUACCCUGUUGUACCAUCUCACAACCUGCAGUAGCUUGAGACAGAUGGAGCAAGAGACAGUCAUGCACCUGAAGAUCCUGGCACUUAAUGGCACGAGUGAAGCCUUGCACUGAUUUUACCUUUAUGUUGGGCUAACACAGGUUUUACCACAAAAUAGGAGAGUGAUGCAUAACUGCCACUAUUUAACUAAACCGAGGUCACCUCUUCUGUAUUGACUGUCCUCACAUUUCAUUUUAAAAAGUGACUUAAAGGUUUUGUAGUAUUUUAGUAUAAAAUCAAAGCCUUUUAUUCUUUGUGCUUCUUAAAAAAAUCUUAACCAACUUGAGUACUCUGUCAGUGGAAUUAAAUUUACUUGUAGCACUGGUUUUUCAUUCAUGCGUUUUGUGCUGUUUGGGUUUUGUUUUGUGUUUACGGUUGUAGAUCAGCUGCAUGUACUGCUAGUAUUUGAAUAAAUGCUGUGUUGAGUCAUGGUCUGAGCUUUUACAGAGGUGUACACUGCAUGGACACUGCUUUUCUUCUGUUAAAUGUCACCUGGCUAAUUUUUUUCACAGUUGUGUAGAGUUUCCAUGUUGACAAUAUGCAAUAACAAAGGUGACUGUUUUUAAGAGCUUUUGUAAAUAAAGGCCUCAGAUUUUCUAUCAUCUGCAAAAUUGG